AUGACAGAUAAUAAAAAACGUCAGCGCGAGGAAUCCCCGGGAAAGACAAAGACAAAGAAAUCAAAAGUUGCUAUCGAAAUGUAUGAACCAGCUAUUCUCACCCAUAAGCAGUGUCUUCUCGCGACUUUCUACGGAUGGGACAGUCAGGCGCUCGACGAGGAGAGCGAAAAUGCAGCCACAGUCAAUGAUCUUAGCAAUGUUAUACAAGGCAGCGUGUUACACGGUGAGGGCAAUAGUGCGCUCGUCGUCGGUGGCAGGGGUACAGGAAAGAGUCUCGCGAUACAAUCAGCAUUGAGUCUAUCGUCGGAAGAACGGUUUAUUCCAAUACACCUCCAUGGAUCUGUGCAGACGACCGAUAAGAUGGCUCUCCGCGAAAUGGCGAGGCAGAUACGCAAUCGUGGUGGUACUGUAUCGUCAUUAGACGCGCUCGAUAAGGAAGAUCAUUUGAUAGAUAUUUCACAAAGUACUCUCACCGCUCUUCUCACCCUUUUAUCCGCUUCUGCACUCCCGAUCGUCGUUAUUCUGAACGAAUUUGAUUUGUUCGCGACGCAUGCCCGUCAGGCGUUGCUCUAUUGUCUUCUUGAUUGCGCACAAGGUGGCCAAAGAAGAGGUGGUCUAGCUGUUAUUGGUACGACCUGCAGAUAUGAUGCUAUCGAUAUGCUCGAAAAGAGAGUCAAGAGUCGAUUUUCACAGCGUGUAUUGCACGUUUCAAGUCCAAGAACCUGGACUGAGUGGUCCACACUCGCCAGGAAUGCUCUGAGCUGUGAAGUGAUAGAGGGCGUACCCCAUAUGUCUGCUUUCGAACACAAAUGGGAGAUACAUAUCAAUGCCUUGUUUAAAGACCCUCAAUUUGAUCUGGUGCUCAAGAUGCUGUUUGAUAUGUCGGCAGACGUUCAGACACUCUAUAGAGUGCUCGCUAUACCCAUUGCAAAUAUGACAACAGAGACGCCAUUCCCAUCAGCAAAAGAUUUCCUGCUUGCUAGCAUGUCGCAGCGGCCUAUAGACGCGCACCAGCUGAUAGACACACUGCCACUACCUGCUCUGGCUUUAGUUAUAGCAGCCAAGCAAAUCUCGAGUCGGGACAUCGAUCAGUUUACCUUUGAACUCGUGAACAAAGAGUAUGACGACUGGGCGCGCAAGACGAUAAUGGCACCCACGUCACGUAGUAUAGAUAUUACAAGUACAGGAGCACGGGUGAACAUUAGCGUCUGGCCGAAACACGUUUUGAUGGGUGCAUUCGAUACGCUUGUAGACCUUAACAUAUUCGUUCCGGUAGCAUCAGCCAAUGCUAUCGCGAGUGGAGAAAUGCGCGAAUAUUGCAAACACCGGUGUAGCAUUGAAAAUGGUGAGAUAAGACAAGCGGUGGAGAAGCGCAAGGAUAUACCGACGGCUCUAUACAAAUGGGGACACAGUUGGAACUAAUGUUUAGAUAAUUGUACG